GCCGGGAUUUAACGCGCGCACAAAAACCUACCAGAACCCCUAACAUUAUCCCCUUCGCGCGCAGCAUGGCAGAAUCCGAGCAUGGCAUCCUCAAAUCCGUCGAGCUACGCCUUCUUCGUUGCACCAUCUCUGGCGAUCUCCCUCUUCCUUCAUGUUCUCCACAUCCCAAUCAGGAAAGCACUCUCCAUCCUCUAACAUAUGACGUACUCGGCGCCAUCGAACGUGGGGAUUACGCGGCGGCACUCUCAUCAGAUGCUGCCCGUCUUGUUUUCAGCUUUGCGAAUUCCUGGGAGUUCGACGACUCAACCACUUCCGCCGCGCUUUUCUACAGCCAAGUAGAAAGGAGCAUCGACGCUUUUCUUUGCGAUGGUGCCUACGAGGAGCCCUGGCUUCGAGUUCUCGACGCGAGGGUUGAUGCCAACACGGAGUAUAGGGUUGCGGUGGUGCUUUGUCUUGGAGUUGCAGCCCUUCUGGCUUUCCUGCAACAGAAUGUGACCGGGCCUGUUGGAAAGUUUUCUCAUUUCCCUCUGCCAUACGGGGAAUUUGGGGAUGUUGGAAAUGGUGCAGAAUGGGAUUCAUGGGCUCGGAGUCAACUUACAUCUGUUGGUUGUGAUCUGCUGGGGAAAUUUUCCUUUUUGCAGUACCUUGAGCAUGCGAAGGUGAUAUUGCUGAAGAUAAAAGACUUCUGUACAAAUUCAGCCAAGACUACAUCUUGGUGGUUGUGUAGAGUAUUUCUCCUUCAGCAAAGAAUUUUGGAUGACCUGUCAUCAUCAUUAUACAAUCUGCUGCAAGUAUUUAAAAAUGAAGCCUUACUUCAAUUUGGUGAGGCGAAGGAUGUCGUUAAAUAUUGGGGUGCAGUAUUACAUGAAAAAGAAGCCCUGGCUAUAGCAACCAUAUUGCAAGUAGAAGCAGGGAUAAUAGAAUAUCAUUAUGGAAGAAUUGAUUCAUCGAGGUUGCAUCUUGCACGUGCUGCUGAGACGUUUGGAACCAAUCUUUCUGUUACUGGAGUUCUUGGCUAUCGGACAAUCCACCAGGUGGAUGCAAAGCCUCAGUUAGUACUUAUUGCUAAUACAGGUCAGAAAGUUAAGGGUAAUGGAAGUUUAGAAUCAUUCUCUCAAGAGCAAAAUGUUUGUCAAGAAAUACUGGAUCGAAAAGAGAAGUCUGAUGCACUUGAUAUCAACAUAAUUCACGGCGAAAAAGGCGUUGGAAGAACUACAGGAUUAUCACGGGUGCAGUCAGAUAAUCAUUCCUGCAAAAAUAGGUUAGAUUUUAAAUCUAAUGGUCAUUAUGAAUGUGAUAUUUUGAUGGCACCAAGAUUGAUACAAGAUGCAACUACUGUCGGAGCCAAUGGAGAAUUUGCUAUCAUUGGCAAGGACGUGAUGUUAACAUCAAUCCAACAGGUCAUCAUAUUAUCACAAUGCCUUCAUCUUCAAAGAACCAAGCGGGAUGAUGAAUUGUCAAGGUGGGAAAUGGCCCCAUAUAUAGAAGCUAUCGAUUCUCAAAGCCAGUCUUGUUUCAUUAUUAAAUACUCAUGUGACAUGCUACGCAUUAGAUGGGAGUCCACUCGCAAUCGUACUAAACAACGGGCUUUAUUGAUGAUGGAAAAACUGGUUGAAGCUGUUUAUGAAUCAGUUCCUGUGGUUGCUCAAAGGAUCCAAGUAGCUUUUUGUGUGUAUACACCGACUAUAUCAGCAUUGAGGAAGGAAUAUGGUGAGCUAUCUGUUGGGUGUGGUAUGGUUGGAGAGGCACUAAAGAUUUUUGAGGAUCUUGAGCUAUGGGACAAUCUAAUAUAUUGUUACCGAUUAUUGGACAAAAAAGCAGCAGCUGUGGACCUUAUUAAUGCACGGCUCUGCGAAACUCCCACCGACCCAAAACUAUGGUGUUCACUUGGUGAUGUAACCACCAAUGAUGACUGUUACGAGAAAGCGCUUGAAGUAUCAAAUAAUAAGUCUGCUCGAGCUAUGCGUUCUUUAGCUCGUAGUGCAUACAACAAGGGUAACUACGAGAUAGCUAAAUCUCUAUGGGAAUCUGCAAUGGCAGUAAAUUCUUUGUAUCCGGAUGGUUGGUUUGCGCUAGGUGCAGCUGCUUUAAAGGCUCGAGAUAUUGACAGAGCACUUGAUGGGUUUACUCGUGCAGUGCAGCUGGAUCCUGAAAAUGGAGAAGCCUGGAAUAACGUUGCUUGUUUGCAUAUGAUCAAUAAGAAAAGCAAAGCAGCUUUCAUUGCUUUUAAGGAGGCAUUGAAAUUCAGAAGGAGCAGUUGGCAGCUCUGGGAAAAUUAUAGCCAUGUUGCUGUAGAUAUUGGCAACUUUCAUCAAGCACUUGAGGCAAUAAAAAUGGUACUCGACUUGUCAUCAAAUAAGAGAGUGGAUAUUGAUUUGUUGGAUAAGAUUCUGGCAAAGAUUGAAGAGUAUACCUCUAGAUCAUCACCUUCUUUUCAUGCUACUAAAGAUCAAGAUAUAUGUGCAUCCCAAGAAGAUUCAGAUAUGUAUUAUUGUGGAGAUUCAGAAAAUCUUGUUCCUGCGUUGGAAGGACGAGAGAAGGAUUUGUUGGUGUCCAUUAUUGGCAAUGUCCUGCAGCAGAUCAUUAAAAAUGGUGGUGGUGGUGAAGAAAUUUGGGGUCUAUAUGCAAGGUGGCACAAAUUGGAAGGCAACCUCGCCAUGUGUUCUGAAGCCCUUUUGAAGCAAGUUAGGGCGUAUCAGGGUUCAGAUCUAUGGCAUGACUUGGCACGGUUUAAGAAAUUUGCUCAAGCCUCUUUGCGGCUUUGUGAUGUUUACAUGGAAAUAGCUUCCUCCAAUGGGGGCCGCCGGGAACUCUUCGCAGCUGAGAUGCAUUUAAGGAACUCUGUGAAGCAGGCGGUUAGCUUCUCAGAUACAAAAGAAUUCGCAGAUCUUCAAUCCUACCUUGUUGAAAUAAGGAAACGGCUUGAUACUCCUAACAACGUUUCUUAACUAUUGAAAACUUCUGUACUGAUCUCAUAGUCAAAAAGGUAUUCAAACUUACGGAAAUGGUAAUAUUUAUGAAUAUGAGAUAGAUCAGCUAAAAGAAGAUCAGUAUGGCCACUGAUUUUUACAAUUCCUGGCCGAAUUCUUCAACGUAACAUAUUAGAGGUGGAUUUCCACAUUGGAUUUGGACCAUCUGAUCCAUUCUGAAUGGCUAAGACUUGUUUCAAAAUCAGAGUAAUUCCAAACUGUACUGAUUUCUUAAGUAAAUCAUAGCCAUCCAAAGUGGACUGGAUGGCUAGCAAAAUGCAGUUGGCAUGAUAAUUAGAGGUGAUUAGAAAUCCUGCCUCAUCAUCCUCUAUGUUUCUAAUGGGAUUUGUGCUCAUAAAUCUCUAUGAUUGAUAGAGCCUUAUGAA